ACCCAACGAUUACGCCCGACGGAUGCCUGUAGCAUUGUUGCUGAUUUUCUCUUCUGCAUUGACGCCUCUUUUGCAGCUUUUGCUGAGAGCCUGCUUCUUCUCUCUCGGACCUCAACCAAAGCGGGGGAAGAGACAGCCUUGUAUAGAAGGCAGGGAAAAGAUUUACAGAAGAAAAGAAAAUGGCGCCAGUAUUGCAAAGCUCUCAGCAAUGGGUCGAAAAAUAUCGGCCAAAACAAGUGAAAGAUGUAGCACACCAGGAGGAGGUGGUUCGGGUCCUCACAAACACCCUCGAAACCAGCAAUUGCCCGCACAUGCUCUUCUACGGCCCGCCGGGCACAGGAAAGACCACCACUGCGCUUGCCAUUGCCCACCAGCUCUUUGGGCCUGAGCUCUACAAGUCUAGGGUGCUGGAGCUGAAUGCGAGUGAUGACCGUGGCAUCAACGUUGUUAGAACAAAGAUCAAAGAUUUUGCUGCUGUGGCUGUUGGUUCUGGUCAGCGUCAAGGAGGUUAUCCAUGUCCACCAUUCAAGAUCAUCAUUCUAGAUGAGGCAGAUUCUAUGACCGAAGAUGCUCAGAAUGCCCUGAGGCGUACUAUGGAAACUUACUCCAAAGUUACAAGAUUUUUUUUCAUCUGUAAUUACAUCAGCAGGAUCAUAGAACCACUUGCUUCAAGGUGUGCAAAGUUCAGGUUCAAACCACUUUCAGAAGAAAUCAUGAGCAGUCGAAUAUUGCAUAUUUGCAAAGAAGAACGUCUCAAUCUGGAUGCUGAGGCUCUUUCAACCUUGAGUUCUAUUUCACAAGGUGAUCUUCGUCGGGCUAUUACGUACUUACAGUCAGCUGCGCGAUUAUUUGGAUCAUCCAUUUCUUCGAAGGAUCUGAUUAGUGUGUCUGGGGUCAUUCCACAAGAGAUUGUCAAGGCAUUCCUUGUAACUUGUAAAAGCGGUAACUUUGAUGUGGCAAACAAGGAAGUCAAUGAUAUAAUUGCAGAGGGAUAUCCGGUCUCUCAGAUGCUUUACCAGUUACUUGAGCUGGUUGUUGAGGCAGAUGACGUAUCAGAUGAACAGAAGGCCAGAAUUUGCAAGAAAUUGGCUGAAGCAGAUAAGUGUCUCGUUGAUGGUGCAGACGAGUACCUGCAGCUGCUGGAUGUAGCUAGCAAUACAAUGCGAGCUCUUUGUAACAUGCCGCAAGAAUUUUCUUACGAGUGCUAGGUAGUUUGGAACCCUGAUCUAGAUACAGUUUGUUGUCAUAUAUUGCAGAGAUAAGCAAAUUCAGCUUUGGAUGGAUGUUGAAUUUAUAAAGCAGACGAGUCUUUUUGCAGCCAGAUGUUGCUGA